ACCUAAUUGACCUUUUGCCCUUUUUUAAAUUAAUCAAUGGCAGGAUUAUGAAUGUGCAUCAUCAUGAGCAAAAAUGAAUCGAAGCUCCGGAGUCAGCUCAGCACCAACUACCAGCCCCACAAUCCACAGACAUCGAUGUCUUGCUGUCAGCCUAUCUCCGUCACUUGAUAAUCAUCAAUGGCGGUAGUGACCGAAUUUUAAUUUCACGGAGGGGAGACGCUGAAGAAUAAUCUCACUAGCGAACCCAACCAGAGAAGAAGAAAAGCCAGCCACCAAGCAACAAUGGCUGAAGCUUCGUGGCCCAGUGAAGCUGAGGUGAAUGAAAUGAGAAAUCUGGUUUCUUCAAUGGCUGGGAGAGACCCUGGUGAAGUUAGGAUUGUGGCGUCUCCUUAUCGUAUUUGUCCACUGGGUGCUCAUAUUGAUCAUCAAGGUGGAGCUGUUUCAGCUAUGACGAUUAAUCGAGGCAUAUUGCUGGGUUUUAUUCCCGCAGAUGAUGCAAAGGUUGUGUUGCGUUCAGGACAAUUUGAGGGAGAAGUUCAUUUCAGCGUAAGCGAUGUUCAGCAUCCUGUGCACAGCAGCAAGAAGGAUGUGAAUCACACAACUGACUCCCCAAACCGAAAGGAAGAAGAUAGUCGAUGGGGAAAAUUCGCAAGGGGAGCUGUCUUUGCUUUGCAGAAGAUGGGACACUCUCUUGAUAGGGGAAUCACUGGAUACAUCUGUGGUUCUGAGGGCCUUGACUGUGCAGGGCUCAGCUCUUCAGCUGCUGCUGGAGUUGCUUAUCUGCUGGCUUUUGAAAGUGCGAACAACUUAACCAUGUCAGAGGUGGAAAAUAUUGAACUUGACAGGUUGAUUGAGAAUGAAUAUUUGGGUCUGAGAAAUGGCAUAUUGGAUCAAUCAGCAAUAUUGCUUUCAAGUCAUGGUUGCUUAACUUACAUGAACUGCAAGACCAAAGAGCACGAGCUUGUACGUCCGUUCAAACUGCAGAAAGACCAUCAAAGUGAUCUGCAGAAAUCAUACAAAAUACUGCUAGCAUUCUCAGGCUUAAGGAAAGCUUUGACCAGCAACCCUGGUUACAAUCGCCGGGUUGCAGAGUGUCAAGAGGCGGCUAGGGUUUUGCUUAAAGCUUCUGGAAUGGACAAAGUGGAGCCACUCCUGGGCAACGUUGAAUUCAAGGCAUAUGAAAUGCACAAGGAUAAAUUGGACUCCGAUCUAGCCAAACGAGCAGAACAUUUCUUCUCAGAGAAUAUGCGGGUAAAGAAAGGGCUUGAAGCUUGGACUUCUGGAAACUUGGAAGAAUUCGGCAGGCUUAUUUCGGCCUCCGGUUUAAGCUCCAUUAAGAACUAUGAAUGCGGUUGCGAGCCACUGAUACAACUGUACGAGAUUCUGGUGAAGACACCCGGAGUGUACGGAGCCAGGUUCAGCGGGGCUGGCUUCAGAGGCUGCUGCAUUGCCCUCGUCAGCGCUGAUGUGGCCGACGAGGCUGCUGCUCUAGUGAGAGCCGAGUACGCCAAGGCACAGCCCGAGCUGGCCGCCACGAUCCACCCAGAUGCUGCAGCUUUGAUAUGUGAACCUGCAGACUCUGCUCGUCUCAUCUCGCCUCUGCUGUAAAAAAAAAUUUGCUCUCGUUCGUCGAUCUGAUCAGCCAUCCCAUUGCGAACGAAUCAUCGCGAGUAGUGGACAUUGAUCCGACUGCGUCAAACUUAGAACGACGCUGCAUACGUACUACCAACAUUCAUUAUUCUUAGCCUUCCUACAAAGGUUCAUCAUUGGAUUCGAUUCUUUCAGAGGGUUAAACGAUACACAUUACUGUUGUUUCCAUUACGAGACCCCGUGACCUUUGUACGGAGAGACUCCAGGUUCUAUUUGUUUGUUUAAUUUUUGCUGGGUGUACUGUUCGAUCACGUGUUAAAUGUGAAAUAAGAGAUGAUGAGCUGGAUGGAAAAAGCUAGUUGGGAGUGUUGAAAAGUGAAGCUGCUGGAGGCAAAU